AUGGACAAUGGCUCAGAGUUCUUUGCAAAACUCCCGAAUCCUAAUGCUGGUCCUGCUCAUCUCACUGUUGCCUCAGAGGUCGCUACCCGUGAAUUGCUUCGCCGCGUGUUUGAUUUCCCUGUUCCUCGGAUACUUUCAUGGUCUACCAAUUCUGCGAACAACUCAGUUGAGGCCGAAUACAUCAUUGAGGAAAAGGCCCCCGGCGUUCGACUUGGCUCUGUCUGGAAACAGUGGCCACGGAAUCUAAAGCUUCAACUCAUCACACAAGUGGUUGACCUAGAGAAAAGGUUGACAUCCAUCACCUUUGACAAGCACGGUUGCAUUUAUUUUAAAAGAGACCUGAGUUCUCUGAUUGGUGAAGCAGAAGACAUACACUCCCACCAUGUUGAUGACGAUGCUCUAGAGUAG